AUGGCCGAGAUCUCGGGCACCCAGAAAGAGCCAUCGAUAGACAGCGACAUAGAGGACAGUCCCUAUGCAGAGGUACGCGCGGUGGUCAGCCGACACGACGACCCAGCGACGCCCUCACUGACAUUCCGCGUGUGGGCACUGGGCAUACUCUUCCUGGGCAUAAUGGCCAGCGCCAACCAGUACUAUUUUUUCCGCGACGCGCCGAUCAAGCUCUCAGUAAUCCUGGUGCAGGUCCUGUCGUAUCCGCUGGGGCGGCUGCUGGCGUGGGCACUGCCGCAUACCAGGCAUACCUGGCGGGUGUUCGGGUGGGGGUUUGAAUGGACGCUGAAUCCAGGUCCGUUCUCGUUCAAAGAGCUGGUGCUGAUAACGGUGUUUGCGAGCGCCGGCAGCUCGUCCGCGUACGCAAUCGAGGUGGUGGUGAUUAAGCGCAAGUGGUUUGGGGCGGGCUUUGGGUUCUGGCCCAGUGCAUUUCUCUGUCUGUCGUCACAGUUGAUCGGCUACGGGCUGGCGGGCGUAGCGCAGCCAUUGCUGGUGCGCCCGGCGGCGAUGGUGUGGCGCGAGAACCUUGUGGCAUUAUCGGUCCUCAACAGUUUCUUCCCGGACCGGCCCGCCGACCGGCUGUUCGGGGUGCCGCGGUGGACCCGCGCGCGGUUCUUCUGGGUGGCGUGCGGGCUGAGCGCAGUCUGGUAUAUCGUGCCUGGGUUUCUGUUCCCGGGCCUGUCGUCGCUGUCGCUUCUGUGCAUAGCAUUCCCCAACCGCCAGCUCAUGCAUAUCAUCGGCAGUGGGCGUGCGGGGCUGGGCGUCUUGUCGCUGACGCUUGACUGGAACUCCGUGUCGAAUGCGUACUUGGCAGGACCGGUGUCGACACCCUUCAGUGUUGCGUGCAAUAUGAUGGCGGGCUUUGUGCUGUUUGUGUGGGUGGCCCUGCCGGUUGUUUAUUUCACCAACCUCUGGGGGUCGGCCAGUAUGCCAAUGUACGACUACCAUCUGUACACUGAAAGUGGCGCACUGUACAACAUGUCGUCGAUUAUCACGCCCGCUGGCGAGUUUGACGCGGAGGCAUACCGCCAGACAGGACCGAUCAGGAUCCCUGCAGUCUAUGCGCUAUCGUACGGCAUCGGGUUUGCUGGCCUGGCGUCAUUGAUUUCGUACAUUGGGCUGCACCACGGCCACCAGGUGUGGAUGGCGUUCCAGCAGUCGCGGGCGGAGACACUGGACAUUCACGCAAAGCUGAUGACGCGGUACCGUGCAAUCCCGCCGUGGUGGUUCGUGGUGGUCCUGGUGGCGAGCAGUGCCAUGGGGCUGGUGGCAUGUCAGGCAUUUGACAUCGGGCUGCCGUGGUGGGGGUUCCUUUUGUCGCUUGCGAUUCCGGUGGUGUUCACAAUCCCGGUCGGGUACAUCCAGGCGACCACCAAUAUCCAGCCCGGCCUGAACAUCAUCACCGAGAUGCUGAUUGGGUUUAUUCUGCCGGGACGGCCCGUGGCCAACAUGGUGUUUAAGGUGUUUGGGUACAUCACGACCACGCAGAGCCUGAGCCUGGUCAGCGACUUGAAGCUCGGCCACUACGCCAAGAUCCCGCCCCGCCACAUGUUCAUCGUGCAGCUAACAUCGACUGUUAUUGCGGUGCUGCUUGAGCUUCUGGUCACAUACCGGCUUCUGGACAGCGUGCCGGGCCUCUGCAGCGGCUACCCGUGGUCAUGCCGCAGCGCCAGCGUAUUCUACAAUGCCAGCAUCCUGUAUGGUGCAAUCGGCCCCGCCAAAAUGUUCCUUGGAUCGUCCUACCGGGUGCUGUUCUGGGGCUUUCUCGUCGGCCUGUUAUUGCCGGUGCCUGUGCAUUUCUUGCAGCGGCGCUACCAUCGUUGCCGCUGGCUGCAGAAGGUGCACGUGCCGGUGGUCCUUAAUUUCCUGGGCCUGAUUCCCGUCAUCUCGCCGCUGUGGGUGCCAGCGUGGUUCCUGGUCAACUUUGGCAUCAACUACGUGGUGCGCAAGUAUCGGCCUGCGUGGCACCACCACUAUAGCUACGCGCUGUCGGCGGCGCUGGACACGGGCAUCCUGGUGACCGGGCUGGUCAUGAACUUUGCCCUGGAGCCGGUUGCCGACAGGAUCGUGUGGUGGGGCAGCCAGAUCGAUCAAUGUCCGCUGGCCCGGCGGCCGUGGAUCCAGCUGGCCCAGGAGACGAAUACUUGA